CUCCCAGCUGUGUCGCAUCACAGACAAGUGCUAGGACUUUCGUACGCUAAACCUGCUGUUUUAAAGUUCAUCCUAACUUAUUUAUCAAAAUGAGGGAAUGUAUUUCGGUUCACAUUGGACAAGCUGGUGUGCAGAUCGGUAAUGCCUGCUGGGAACUGUACUGCCUGGAGCACGGCAUCCAGCCCGAUGGCCAUAUGCCCUCCGACAAAACCGUGGGUGGUGGCGACGACUCCUUCAACACCUUCUUCAGCGAGACCGGAGCUGGCAAGCAUGUGCCCCGUGCCGUGUUCGUCGAUCUGGAGCCCACUGUGGUGGACGAGGUCCGCACCGGAACCUAUCGCCAGCUGUUCCACCCGGAGCAACUGAUCACCGGCAAGGAGGACGCGGCCAACAACUACGCCCGUGGCCACUACACCAUCGGAAAGGAGAUCGUGGACUUGGUCCUGGACAGGAUUCGCAAGCUGGCGGAUCAGUGCACCGGACUGCAGGGAUUCCUGGUCUUCCACUCCUUCGGCGGAGGCACUGGCUCCGGCUUCACCUCGCUGCUGAUGGAGCGUCUCUCCGUCGACUACGGAAAGAAGUCGAAGCUGGAGUUCUCGAUCUACCCAGCCCCUCAAGUCUCCACAGCUGUGGUCGAGCCGUACAAUUCGAUCUUAACCACCCACACAACGCUGGAGCACUCGGAUUGUGCAUUUAUGGUUGACAACGAGGCAAUCUACGACAUCUGCCGCCGCAACUUGGAUAUCGAGCGACCCACCUACAUGAACCUCAACCGCCUAAUUGGUCAGAUCGUUUCCUCCAUUACGGCCUCGUUGCGCUUCGAUGGCGCCCUCAAUGUGGAUCUGACCGAGUUCCAGACCAAUUUGGUGCCCUACCCACGCAUCCAUUUCCCGUUGGCCACAUACGCGCCCGUCAUUUCCGUGGAGAAGGCCUACCACGAGCAGCUGACCGUGGCCGAGAUCACCAACGCCUGCUUCGAGCCCGCCAACCAGAUGGUGAAGUGUGAUCCCCGGCGGGGCAAGUACAUGGCCUGCUGCAUGCUCUACCGCGGUGACGUGGUGCCCAAGGAUGUGAACGCGGCGAUUGCCACCAUCAAGACCAAGCGCUCCAUCCAGUUUGUGGACUGGUGUCCCACCGGCUUCAAGGUAGGCAUCAACUACCAGCCCCCCACCGUCGUUCCUGGCGGGGAUCUGGCCAAGGUGCAGCGCGCCGUCUGCAUGCUGUCCAACACCACGGCCAUCGCCGAGGCCUGGGCUCGUCUGGACCACAAGUUCGACCUGAUGUACGCCAAGAGGGCCUUCGUCCACUGGUACGUGGGCGAGGGCAUGGAGGAGGGCGAGUUCGCCGAGGCCCGCGAGGAUCUGGCCGCCCUCGAGAAGGACUACGAGGAGGUGGGCAUCGACUCCACCACCGAGCUGGGCGAGGACGAGGAAUACUAAGCGUAAGCCGCACAAACGAAAUCUUCAAAGGUCCUGUAAACUCUUUACACAUCACUUUAUUUCUACCAAACACAAAAGCAUAAACUCUGGCAAUAAAAAAGGUUUAACACAAAAA